AUGGAGUUGAAUUUUUUAAAAACUGCAAAAGGCAAAAAUGUAUUAGUUCAUAACGGAUAUACUUUUACAAAAGAAAAAGAUGGUGCUGAUUCCAAGAUUAUUUGGAAGUGCAGUCAAUAUGCCAGUAAAAAAUGCCGUGGAAGGUGUCAUACACAAUCAAAUAACGUUGUUUGGGACUCUGACAAUCACACUCAUUUACCAGAGGCAUCCAGAUUGACUGCAAUCCAAUUUAUCUCAGAAAUAAAAGAAAAUGCAAUAACUUCUUCUAGUACUUCAGCGUCGGUUUUAGCUUCAGCUUCAAAAGAACUACCUCGUGAAAUAAUUUCUUAUAUUCCAAAAAUUGACUCCUUAAAAAGAACAAUUCAACGAGUACGGAAGAAGCAAUUUCCAACUUUACGCCCUAAUUGUGUAGAAGAACUAACAAUUCCUGAU